AUGGAGGCUUUCAAUAUUAUAAACACUGGUGGAAUUGAAAUGCCUUUAUCGAAUUUACAUUCAAAGUAUCGUGUGAUUGUUGAGAAUCUUCUUGGUAGAAGCAAAGUAUUCAAAUGUCUUUCUGAAUGUUUAGAUACCCGGGUAGAUUGA